GCAUUGUUGAGGAUUUAAGGCAGUUGGCGCAACGUCUUGAGUCUUUGGGUUUUUAUGUUGUUAUGGAAGGCAAAACUGCUGAUUAUCAUCAUCUUAAAGGGUUUCCCGUUCGGAGCGUAGACGAAAUACCGAAUCAGCGUGCCGAUGGGCUUAUUGUAUCUAGUCCAACCGGAUCAACCGCUUAUUCAUUGUCGGCUAAUGGUCCCAUUGUUCAUCCCGCGGUGACAGGGCUUUUAUUAGUCCCUAUUGUGCCCCAUACCUUAUCGAAUCGACCUAUUGUUUUACCACAAGACUCGGUCAUUGAACUGGAAGUUAUUAAUCAGCAUGCAGUUUCAGUGGGGUGGGAUAUGCAGUCGUUUUUUGAGGCGCAAGAAAGCGAUGUUCUCAGAAUUGCUCGGGCCAGUGAAAAAAUUACGUUUUUGCACCCUUUAAGUUAUGAUUAUUAUGUGACUUUACGGAAAAAACUUGGUUGGAAUGAUGAG